AUGGGAAAGAAAUCGCGGUGCAAAGGAUGCUGGGGGUGGUGUCUGUUGUUGAUUGUGUUAGCAACAAUUGCAUUUGGAGUUUUCAUUGCUCUAAAAUUGAAAAAUCAAAAGUCUGAUUCAGAUGUUCCGGGGCCACCCGGUUCCAAUGCGAAGAAAUAUGCUGAUGCUCUUAAAAUUGCAAUGCAGUUUUUUGAUGUACAAAAAUCUGGAAAAUUGGUGGACAAUAAAAUAUCUUGGAGAGGGGAUUCGGCAUUGAAAGAUGGAAGUCAAGCAAAACUGGAUCUUUCGAAAGGUAUGUACGAUGCAGGAGAUCAUAUGAAGUUUGGAUUCCCGUUGGCUUACACUGCAACCGUGUUGUCAUGGAGCAUCCUCGAGUUUGGGGAUCAAAUGAAGGCAGUGAAUCAAUUGGAAAUGGCUCAGGACUCUCUCAAGUGGAUAACUGAUUAUCUCAUAAAUGCUCAUCCUUCUGAAAAUGUUCUUUACAUUCAGGUGGGCAGUCCUAAAGCAGACCAUAGUUGUUGGGACAGACCUGAGGACAUGACCGGGCCAAGGCCUCUCACACGGGUGAACACUUCUACCCCAGGAACUGAGGUUGCUGCCGAAACUGCAGCAGCUAUGGCAUCAGCAUCCCUCGUGUUUAAGUCUAUUGACUCUGCAUAUUCGAGUUUGCUUCUGAAGCAUGCUACACAAUUGUUUACUUUUGCUGACAAGCAUAGAAAAUCCUAUAGCAUCAGCAUUCCUGAAGUGAAAACGUAUUACAAUUCAACGGGCUACGGAGAUGAGCUCUUGUGGGCAGCCAGUUGGCUAUACCAUGCAACAGGAGAGCAAUCAUAUAUCGAUUAUGUCACAGGGGAAAAUGGUGAAGAGUUCGCUAAUUGGGGAAGUCCAACAUGGUUUAGCUGGGAUAACAAAUUGGCUGGAACUCAGGUCCUGCUGUCUAGGGUUAGCAUUUUUGGGCCGAAAGACGUAUCAAACUUCGAUAUCCUCCAGAAGUAUAAAAAAUCGGCAGAGGCUGUCAUGUGUGGCCUCCUACCGGAAUCUUCAACAGCCACAUCCAGCAGAACAGAUAAUGGUUUGAUAUGGGUGAGUGAAUGGAAUGCUUUGCAGCAGCCCGUGGCGUCUUCAUUUUUAGCUGUCCUUUACAGUGCCUACAUGCUCACAUCUCGGACUACAAAGCUAUCCUGCGAUGGAGAUACCUUUACUCCCUCAGAUCUCCGGAAAUUUGCCAUAUCACAAGCCGAUUAUGUCUUGGGCAACAACCCUAUGAAAAUGAGUUAUCUCGUGGGCUAUGGAGAUAAGUACCCAGAAUUCGUGCAUCACAGAGGAGCCUCAAUUCCAGCUGAUGCAACAACUGGUUGCAAAGAUGGUUUCAAGUGGCUCGAGUCAGAUGAACCAAAUCCAAAUGUUGCUACUGGAGCUCUCGUUGGUGGACCAUUUCUUAACGACACAUAUCUCGAUUCAAGGAACAACUCAAUGCAGGGGGAACCUAGUACAUACAACACUGCACUUAUUGUUGGUCUUCUUUCUGGUUUGGUUACCACUUCAUCAGUGGUUAAGUCUUUCACCUAA